UUUUUUGUCAACUUUGAGUGUUCUCACGGAACUCCUGUUUUAACUUGCACAGCUGGCUGCUAGUGGCAUCCCGGAUGAGGAAAGGAAGGUCUGGAUGAAUGCAGUUAACCCUAAAUACAUACUCAGGAACUACCUAUGCCAGAGUGCUAUUGACGCCGCCGAGACUGGUGAUUUUGGAGAAGUCCGAAGGGUGCUUAAAUUAAUGGAACGGCCGUAUGAUGAGCAACCAGGAAUGGAAAAAUAUGCUCGCUUACCCCCUGCUUGGGCUUAUAGGCCUGGUGUUUGCAUGCUUUCUUGUUCAUCAUGAGUUUGCUUAUUUGCUCAUAAUAUUAUACUAAUAUUAUUUGCUCAUAAUAUUAUACUAAUCAUAGGGUUAGGUUAUUAGGCUCUUAAAAAUAGACUAGCUACUAGCUAGCACCUUCUUAAUGUUGGAUUAUAUUGAACGUGUUGAUCUAAUUGACAUAGAGUAUGAAACGGUGCGCUUAAAACAGGCCACUGAGCUUUUGUCAAAAUUGGGACUGCGCAACAAAACGGUGCGUGUGUCUCCGGAUUCGUUGUAGUACUGGUACGGCGCCGUUCAAAUCAGGACCAUGAGCUUUUUUCCUCUCUUUCUCUGAGGCCUGAGAUUUUUGCGGGAUUUAAUCUGUGUAGUCCUUGGUGGGCGGGGGACAAAAUGUGAUCAUCACACAAUAAUUUGAAAUCUCACCAUGUGAUGAUAAAUCAAGGAUACACUUAACUAUUUCAUUAUCUACAGAGAAUGAGAGUUCUGCGAAGCCUUGAGGUCUGGAAAAUGGGCUCCAUUAACUACUUGGAUGCACUUAAGCUGCAGGAAAAGCUGGUCGCUGAUAGAAAAACUCAUAAAAUUUCAGAUACUCUCUUGUCCCUGCAACAUCCACCUACAUAUACCCUUGGCAAGCGGCGGACUGAUCACAAUCUAUUAAUUCCUGAGCCUGACCUUCAAAAGAUAGGAGCUGAACUUCACUACACGCAAAGAGGAGGGGACAUUACAUUUCAUGGUCCACAUCAAGCCAUUUUGUAUCCCAUCAUUUCUCUUCGGGAUGUUGGACUUGGUGCUCGUAAUUAUGUGGAGAAGCUUGAGUUAACCAUGAUUGAAUUGGCCUCUCUAUAUGGUGUGAGAGCUCGUGCUGGUCAAACGGGUGAGACUGGGGUUUGGGUUGGAGAGAGAAAGAUUGGUGCUAUUGGGGUUCGAAUUUCCUAUGGGAUCACCUCUCAUGGGUUGGCAUUCAACAUUGAUCCUGAUUUGAACUAUUUUAAGCAUAUUGUACCUUGUGGGAUCGCCAAUAAAGAAGUUACAUCGUUGAGAAAGGAGACAGAUUCGGUGCUUCCUGCUGAAGAAGUAAUUCAUGAGCAGUUAAUCUCUUGUUUUGCCAGAGCUUUUGGUUAUAGUAAUUUUAUUUGGAAGGAGAAUGGUUCGAUUUUCUCAGACUCUGUAGAAAAUUGAAGGAGAUGGCUGUUGUAUGCCAGAAAAUUCGUCUAUGUAGCUUUGUACUCUACGAUCAAUUUAUUCAUUGAAAUACGUCUGAUAAGAAAUUUGUAUUUUACUUUGAUACGCAAUGUUUGAAAUUAUUGACUUUCUUGUCCGCUUC